AUGGCCACGGCUGCUUCUAACCCCUACCUCCCCAGCAACAGCAUCCUCUCCCCCGGAUCCAUUGUGCAUUCGGACUCGGGGGGAGGAGGGGGGAUGCAGCCUGGCAGCGCAGCAGUCACCUCAGUGUCAGGCGGCUACCGGGGGGACCCCACGGUGAAAAUGGUGCAGAGUGACUUCAUGCAGGGGGCCAUGGCGGCCAGUAACGGGGGGCACAUGCUGAGCCACGCACACCAGUGGGUCACGGCGCUGCCACAUGCGGCGGCGGCGGCUGCUGCAGCUGCUGCGGCGGCGGCGGAGGCGGGAUCGCCUUGGUCUAGUAGCCCAGUGGGGAUGACAGGGAGCCCGCAGCAGCAGCAACAAGACGUCAAAGGGGGUUCUGGCAGGGACGAUUUGCACCCGGGGGCAGCCUUGCACCAUCGGCCGCCUCACUUGGGACCCCAUCAAGGCCACCCGGGAGGCUGGGGGGCAGCAACAGCAUCUCACAUCCAGUCUAUGGCAGGAGGGGCGUCACAGCAACAGCAGCAGCAACAACAGCAGCAGCAGCAGCAAGCUCUGCUUUACUCCCAGUCCGGGGCAUUCACUGUGAACGGUAUGCUGAGCCCACCCCCGGGGAGCCAGAGCCUAGUGCACCCAGGCUUGGUGAGGGGAGAUACACCUGAGCUGGGGGACCAUCCUGGCCAUCAUCAUCACCAUCACCACCAGCAGCAGCAUCAGCAACAUCACCAGCAGCAGCAUCACACAGGGGUCAACAGCCACGACCCCCACUCUGAUGAGGAUACCCCGACCUCAGAUGACCUGGAGCAAUUUGCCAAGCAGUUCAAGCAGCGUAGGAUAAAGCUGGGCUUUACCCAGGCGGACGUGGGCCUGGCAUUGGGCACCCUCUAUGGCAAUGUCUUUUCUCAGACCACCAUCUGUAGGUUUGAGGCGCUGCAGCUCAGUUUCAAGAAUAUGUGCAAGCUCAAGCCCCUGCUCAACAAGUGGCUGGAGGAGGCCGACUCCUCAACUGGCAGCCCCACCAGCAUCGAUAAAAUAGCAGCCCAGGGCAGAAAGAGAAAGAAGAGAACCUCAAUAGAGGUGAGCGUCAAGGGGGCACUGGAGAGUCACUUCCUCAAAUGCCCCAAACCUUCAGCACAGGAGAUCACCAACCUUGCGGACAGCCUGCAGCUGGAGAAAGAGGUGGUCAGGGUCUGGUUUUGCAACCGGAGACAGAAGGAAAAAAGAAUGACUCCUCCAGGGAUCCAACAGCAGACCCCGGAUGAUGUCUACUCCCAGGUGGGCAAUGUGGGGGCUGACACGCCGCCCCCUCACCAUGGGAUGCAGACUAGUGUACAAUGA